UAUGGUUGCGACAAUGUAGUUUAGAUAAGUCAAAUAACUUCAAGGUGGAGUGAUGUAACGGUAGUUUGGGUGCAUUGUAGUGCUGUUAACGAGUGUUAUAUCGAAUUUAAACGCCUACAAAUACGUUUUUAAGCAUGUACUGCGAUACUUAGUGCUAAGAAAAUCAAAUAUAUCACUAUUAUUAGACCCAGAAUCCCGAAAAUGUCUCCAGGGCGGACACAGAGCUGUGAUAAUAGAGUUUUUAACACACUUGAGUAUGGACUGUUGACAUAAUCGAAUGUGUAUUUAUGUAUACUUGAACUAAAUGAUUAGAUUCAUUCAUUAAUUUAACUCAAUCAAAAAUGAAAUCAAAUGAAAAUCAAAAUGAUUUUAUUUAUCCCUGAGGGGAAAUUCAGUUAGUCUGGUAACUCUGUUAGAAUGAGACAGUCUGAUGGCUGUAGGAGAGAAGGAUCUUUUGUAUCUCUCUGUCCAGCAACAGAGAGAGAGGAGCAGUCCACUGCUGUUUUCUUGGUCCAUAAAGGUUUUGUGUAAAUCCCACCCACUGAAGUCUGCAGCAUCUAACUGACACAAAAUCAAUCAAAACCAAAACCAAAGACAUGGCGUAUCGCUUCCUCAAGUACUCCGUGCUUCUCCAGAAGUACAGGACUCCGGUGCUCAUUGCAAGCUGUAGCGGGGUCUUUGCAGCCAACAUGUUCUACCAUGUUUUCCCUGACGUGUCCUAUCGUAAGCUCUAUCAGGCCUGGUCCAAAGGAGAAGAGGACACACUGUCUGAAAAGCUGGAGGAUGUUUUCCAGCAGGUGUUGAAGGACUAUGGAAUCAGCUCACCCAAGAAUUUCUCCGCCUUCGCCUCCUUUGGGUUCCAUCCAGUGGGUGCUGGUGUCCCCUGGUUUCCUGCAGGGGCCCAGAUUGGCAUCCCCGCAAACUUUAACAGCACAUCUGAUGACCCGAGCGGAAUCACCAACCGCACCAUUUUCAUCAACGGCAAAGUGCUGGAAUGGAGCAGCGAGGCUGGCUCUGCUCUACAGGAGGCACUGGUGUUUUCCCCUGAGGCUCAGAAGUUCGCCAUAGCGCGAGAAGUGGCCCGCAUGCAGUGUGGAGGACCUGUUGUGAGCGCUGCUGUGGCCCCGGUCUGCCUGGGUGGGGUUUGGGUGUACAGCGUGUUUAUGAAACAGGUGUUUGGGCUCCACGCUGGGCCCGUUCUACUUCGCGUUGGUGUGAACAUUUUGUCGAUUGGGCUGGGCGCCGUGUCCUACUUUCUCACCUCAGAUGCCGUUAGCCAGUGGAUUGACUAUAGCUCGGACCGGCGUGCAGCGGCAGUGUCUCGUAGUUAUGCCAAAGGAGGGGUAGAAUUUUACGAUAAAAUUCUGUCCAGAAACAAAACUCUGCGCUCCCUCAUGGGACAGAAGGGAAAGGAGAUGUAUGCUCCGAGUGGAAACUUGUUCCCUGCUAACCUCCUUCAGCUGAAACACACACCAUACACCUCCAGGAGGGAAGGGAUCCUCACUCUGCUGAGAGAGGAAAAAGCUUGAAAAGAAAUGUGAGCCUGUAAUGAUGUAUGAAGUCGUGCUUAUCACUGAAUAGACUGCUGAAAAUAGCAGGAUAGGAGGCUUCCUGAGCUUUUCUAAGAAGUGAAAAAACAAAAACAAAUUACAAAACAGGGUUGUAAAGUCCAGCAGCAUGUUGCACCAUUUGUGUGUAAGUUCAACCUUAGCCUAGUUACAUUAUUAAAAAGUACAUCAGGGACUAAACAGACACAAUGUAUGAGCGCCUCCUCUUUUUCUAAAGGAAGCUUGCCAAAUAUGUCAUCUGUUGCGCCACGUUUUUAAUUAUAAUACAGGUAGAUGUAUGGCUGUAGUGAUGGAGAUUAUUUCGGUUCAAAAUAUUUUCUGCCCCUCUCUACAGGAUUAGUCAGUGCCUCACGAACGGGAGAGCUCUUUGAUUAAAGGGGGUUAAAGUAGUACCUUUGAUUGGCCGUGGUUGCGACAGCCUUUAAUGCUACCAUCUAUAAUAAUGCGUUCUUUCUGAUCCCACGAGAGAGCCGUGACUAUUAAUG